UUAAAAAAAAAUUUUUCAAAGAAAAGAAAGAAUGAGUACUUCAACAGGUUCAGAAUUAGCAAUAGGUUAUGCUUCCCUUUUUGUAUCGUGUGCUGCUUUUGGUUUUAUGUUUGCCCCACUAAAAAGAUUAGAUUCUAAAGACGGCGUUUUUGUUCAAUGGAUUCAAUGUUCUGUUGUUUUUAUGUUUGGAUUAAUAAUUAAUGUUAUUAGAGGAUUACCCCAAUUUAAUUUAAUUGCUUCUAUUGGAGGAUUCCUUUAUGCUACUGGUAAUGUUGCUUCAGUACCUAUAGUUGCUGAAAUGGGAAUUGGUUUAGGAAUGCUUAUUUGGGGGUCUGUUCAGAUAAUAGUAGGUUGGUGUGUUGCUCAUUUUGGCCUAUUCGGGACAAAACCACAAAAUGUUCAAAAUCCAUUAUUAAAUUAUUUGGGCGUUUUAAUUACUUUAUUUAGUGGAAUAAUGUUUGUUUUUGUAUAUAGUCGAGAGGAAAGGGAUAAAAAACUUAGCCCAAUUGAAAAAGAUUAUGAUAAUAAUCGAAUUGCUUAUAGAAGUGAAAGAGCACCUUCCACCUAUGGAACAGUCCACAAUGUUUGGGCAGUAGAAUCAGAACAAGAUAACGGAAAUAAUGCUUCCACAACUUUAGAAAAUUUGCCUAGAAUUGAACAGUCAGAAAUUAAAAGAACUGUAACUCCUCGUUUAACAAAAAGAAAAUUAUUGUGA